GUGCAUUAAAAAGAAGAAGCCCAAAACUGAUCUUAACGGCACCUGUCCGAAAUUAGCAAAUUGGCAUGAUCAACAAUACAUUUACGGCAGUUCAAUUAGUCUAUUCUACAAUCUAUUUUGAUUUUCCGACGAAAUCAAUUUGAUCGAAAAAUACUCGGAAAUCAGGAAAUUUGGAAGAACAAAAAUGAUGUCGAAAGAAGAAUCAGUACUUUUAGUGAUAAGAGCUUCAAGACCUAAUUUCCGAAACAAUCACGACAAAUUAGCUUUUGCUGUUCAUGCCUCUUUUCUCACUGCUGGUUAUGUCCUCAUUUCCACUGGUCCUCCUGCUUUCUCCGAUGAUUCUCUCUCCUCUUCCUCUUCUGACGAGGUUGGAAUUGAUCACUGGAAUGAAGUGGAUGGCGAAUACGCCUUUGUGUAUAAGAACCCUAAGAAAGAUAACAAGAAGGUGUUGGUGAAGUGCUUGGUCAUGGGUGAUAAGUUGAUGGUCGAUGCGUUGAGUGACGGUGCUUCUGAGCCGGUUCACCUUGAUAUCAAUGUCGAUGAUUGUACCACUGAGGAUGCUGGAAGUGAUUAUUCUGCACAGUAUAAGAAUUUGGCGAAGCUUGUUAGGAGUUUGUACUCUGAUCUGCUCUCUAAAUUGAAUAGACCUUCAACUGAUCCCUCAAGGCUAUCUGGUGUGAGAGAGCCAAACAUAAAUCUGGAUGAAUCUACUAGCUCUCAGGACCCGCAAACAGGGUUUAUAGUUCCCCCAAUCAGUCCAGUUGGUGGUAGUGAUCUGUUUCCUGGUCCUGGUGCUGGAAUGUAUCCGUCUAGGGGUGGUAUUGGAGAUGGAUCCAUGCUCGUCGGUCCCGAAGAUCCUAGAUGGUUUGGUGGUGGAGGUGGGAUUCCUGACAUUCGAAGAGGACCUGGAGGACUUGGUAUACCACCAGGCGCUCGCUUUGAUCCUUUUGGUCCACCAGGUGUCCCUGGUUUUGAGCCUGAUGGAAUUCAUGGAAGGUUCCCACAAGGACCUAAUUCUGGACGCGGGACUCGUCGUCCUCCAGGAAGAAUUCACCCGGAUUUGGAGCAACCUGGAAGUGGUGGUUUUGAUUACAUAUAAAGUUUAAAUAGUACAAUAUAAUAAGUACAGUUCAUCAUAAGAAGAUUAUUUUCUUUCGUUUUUUUUGGGGGGUGGUGGUGGUGAACUGUUGAAGAAAAUGAGUGUGCGAUGAAACGAUGAUGUUAUUCUCUAAUCUUCUAACGUGUAUAAAUUUUCAGAUCUUUUGAGUAUGCUGGAUUUUAUUGUAAGAUUUGGUUUUGGCGUGGGAAUGUUAGAUAGGAUUCCAGAUUCUCUUUAA